GUGGGCGGUGGAGUCAUCGUCACCCAUCCAGUCACACCACCGCCGACAUACUGCUGGCUGGGAUGUAGCUCGUCAGCGGGGAGCUUCAGAGAUCGCAGCCGAGCGGAGAGCGGACCCAGCCCCGUGGAAAGCAGCCGCGACCCGGUUCGGCCCGCACGAGACGGAGGAUCCAGGCGCGCCGCCACCAUGAUGGAGGAGAUAGACAGAUUCCAGGUGCCCAGCGCCGUGCAGGAGGCGGAGAUGCAGGCGGAGAUGCAGCCGCUGGACCCGGCCUCGUCCACGGCUUCAGAGGCAGACUCCGACACCAGAGAGGGGGAGCCUGUCACUAUCAACUACAAGCCCUCACCCCUGCAGAUGAAAAUAGAGAAACAGAGAGACCUGGCUAGGAAGGGCUCGCUGAAGAACAACAACACUGUAGGCAGUCCAGUCAACCAGCAGCCAAAGAAGAACAAUGUCAUGGCCCGGACGCGGCUGGUAGUGCCCAAUAAAGGCUAUUCCUCUUUAGACCAGAGCCCUGAUGAGAAGCCCUUGGUGGCUCUAGAUACAGACAGUGAUGAUGAUUUUGACAUGUCUAGAUACUCAUCAUCAGGAUACUCAUCUGCAGAGCAAAUCAAUCAGGAUCUGAACAUCCAGCUGCUGAAAGAUGGUUACCGCCUCGAUGAGAUCCCGGAUGACGAGGACCUGGAUCUGAUCCCGCCCAAAUCUGUAAACCCCACCUGCAUGUGCUGCCAGGCAACCUCCUCCACCACCUGUCAAAUACAGUAACCCCGCCCCCUCUGACCUUCUUGCCCCUCUCCACACAACAUGACCCUCUCUCUCGUCUCCAUCUGCUGUGAGUUUACUUCGCCGCCGGGGUGGCGGCAGUCAGGCAUUGAU